UGAGCAGAUAGGUCCCUGGCCUUAUGAGAAGAGGACAUACUAAAGCAAGAUGAAGCCAUCUUUAACAUUAAUACUGUCAGCAAUAUUUAUUGCAUACAUUGCACACUCCAUGUAUGUUAUUUAUGGAAUCUUCUUCCCGGAACAGUGUAAAAUGGGAGGGAGAUGUAUCUACCCUUACCUGUCACGAAAACCAACUCCUAAGCUAGAGAUUCUUGUGUAUACAUCAACAAAGUAUUCUUAUGUUAAAGAAAAAGACCUCAGGCUAGUGUGGAAAAAUUCUUCCUUGGAUGUAUCUGAUGUUUUAGAAAGCACUGUGAAUGUUACUCUGCCACUGAAGGUCAGGAACAAUGGUACCAUGUACGUGCAUGUGUUUUUGGUGCCUCCUGGUCAGGAUCCAUUUGUCAGUCAGUAUACGGUCCACAAGUAUACCCCCAUCACCACCUACAGCUUACCUAAAUCUGAAGUAUUCAGUCUCAUGGGUGACACACAGAAGAAUGAGAGCAGCAAACCUGGCAUCCCCUUCUCCCACUGGAGACAAAAAGUGACUAUAAAUAUAAUGAAUGAACACCUGUCACUAGACAGAACAGCUAUACCACAAGAUAUCUAUAGAUACUUCAAGGCCUCCCCAGAUGGUGACUACCUGCCCGUUCUAUUUAUAGAUGAGCUGAGCUUCAGAGUGAGAGACCUGCUGCCAAUCAAUAAGACCAGUAAGGAGAUGCCUUUAACUAUAACCUACAGUCCUAUCUCAGUAGGGAAACUCCGCUUCUGGAACAACAUGUUACAUUCCAUUGAAACCCUGCACAAGUUUGGUUUUACUGAUAAGGACACGGAUGAACUGAAGGGAAUAUUUGCCGAUACAAACUUUUACUUCCUUAUGUUGACAUUUGCUGUGGCUGCAUUCCAUCUGCUGUUUGAUUUCCUUGCAUUCAAAAAUGACAUCAGCUAUUGGAAAAACCGGAAGAAUAUGGUUGGUCUAUCGUCCAGAGCAGUCCUGUGGAGAUGUGUAUCCACCAUUAUUGUUUUCCUGUAUCUUUGGGACCAGGAGACAAGUUUAUUAGUUCUAAUACCAGCAGGGAUAGGUGCCCUUAUAGAGGUUUGGAAAGUGAAAAAAGCAUACAAGAUGUUUAUUACAUGGGAUGGAGUGAAACCAAAAUUUACGUUUGGACAAACUUCAGAAAAAGAGAAAGAAACAGAAGAGUUUGAUUCUCAAGCUAUGAAGUAUUUGUCCUAUGCCUUGUUACCCCUAUGUAUUGGAUUAGCUGUCUACAAUCUUCUGUAUACACCACAUAAAAGCUGGUAUUCUUGGUGUAUAGAAAGUCUAGUCAAUGGUGUAUAUGCAUUUGGUUUUCUCUUCAUGUUACCCCAGCUGUUUGUAAACUAUAAGCUCAAGUCAGUUGCUCAUUUGCCAUGGAGAGCCUUUACAUACAAGGCAUUCAAUACCUUCAUUGAUGACAUCUUUGCAUUUAUUAUCACCAUGCCAACGGCUCACAGACUAGCCUGCUUUAGGGAUGAUGUUGUGUUCUUUUUCUAUCUUUAUCAAAGAUGGCUAUACCCUGUGGAUAAAUCUCGAGUGAAUGAGUUUGGAAUGAGCUUUGAGGAUGAUGUAAAAGAUGGUAAACCUACUCAAAAAAAGAAAAAAGAUUAACAAUAGAUUUUUAGAUUUACAAUUUUUUGCCAUUUGUUAGUUAUAAUUUAUUCUUUUUUAUGUCAUUGGUGUUAGAUCAUUACCAGUCUAUUUGUUGUAAAAAUCAUCUCUUCUGUAAAGAAGUAUUUAUAUAAAGGAACGCAAUUAAUUGCUGAAUAUUUAUCACCACCAUCUUGUAUAUGAAUGAAUCAAUUUGUCAGAACUUCAAAAUACCUUUUGGUGCUAGUCAUAAAUGAAGUAUUUGUUUGUACACGCGGUGUGAAAACAAAAUGAAGGAUGAGUCUGAAUGAUAGAUAACACUGAAUGAAAUGUUUACCUUUUAUAAUAUACAACUGUUUCUGCAAAAACUGUCUGAUCAAGGUUAGUAAGAUUUUAUGGAUGUUAUGGCCCCCUUUACUCUGGAAUGAAGCCUCUAUUUUUUAUAUGCAAUUGUGUGUGUUUUAGGGGACUACAUGUAGGGUUACCCAAACACAGUGUAUUGGACAUGUAUUUUAGCCUUUGAGAAAAGGUCACAGUAAAAUCAGAUUUAAGAUAAAAAGUGAAAAACUUGAGUAAAAUUUGUGGUCAUUAAUUAACUGCAUGUGUAUGAGUUAGCUUAACUGAUGUUCAGCAGGUUUUUAGUCCCGUUUUUUACUCCAACUCACCAAAUCAGGAGUGGAUGGUAUUUUAAGUAUUUUUUCUGUGUAAUGUUUUUAUACACAAUUUAUUCUGUCCUUGUUGAACAUUGAAAUCCGGGGAGAUGCUAAGAGUAAGAACUGCAAUUUUCCAUGACAUUUAAUCAGGAAAUAUAAAUAAUGAUGUACUUAUUUUUGUUUUUAAAAAUAGUGUGUAAUAUAUUAGCUAAGCAGUGUGCAAGAAAUACAACUGAACAGUCAAGGGACGACUUCUUAUCAUACACAUUGAAAAAUUCAAAUGAAAUUGUUUUACAUUGUUUUGGUGUGGAACCUACAUUGUAAGAAAAAAUGUUUAAUAAACUGGACUCAAGUGUACUGAAAUGUUUUCAAGCACCCUGUAGAAUUUAUCGAAAUUUGCGGCAAUAAGCUCCAGCAUUUUGAGAAACAUCUAUGUUUAAAUUUACCAAGAAAGCCAUGAUUAUCUGUUUGAAUGUUUUAAAUUCUCAUGUUUGGAGGUGUACAUGUAUGUCAUGUAUUGAACACUUUUUACUUUUUAAACUUUUUGUAUGAAUUUAUUAUUGUGUAUUGCUGUAAAUUAUGUCUAUUGUUAAAGUUUUUCACUUAGGUAUUUAAGGUUUUAUUGUUACUGAUAAUUACUUCUAUUUAUUUAAACAUCUUGAUUGUUAUGCAUCUUAUGAAAGUCAGUGAAUGUGCCUGUUUAAACAAUGGUAAACUUUAAAGGUUACAUGAUGUUGUGUACAUAAUGCACCGAAUGUCGGAAACGUGCAAGUUCAUGAAAUUAUUUUAUGUUUGUACAUGUAGUUUUUUUUGGUCAUUAUUUCAUCCUCUUAAAAAACUUACGUUUUAUCAAAGACUUGUCCAAAAGAUAUAGUCAGAAUUUUUCAUUUAAUAAAAAGAUACAAACAUUCAA